AGUUCACUGCAAGUGUCAAAACUGCUGAUGCGGCUUUCAUUUGUUUCUAUCGCAAAGUUUUGCACAGUUUUAGUGGUGAAAAUACGAUUUUAACAGCAUUUUUUCAAUCAAAUUAAUUUUUUUAGAUUGGUUUUUAUAUUGCACAUUAAAUUGGUUGUUGAAAUUAAAAAUUUUAGGUUAUUUUUCCAUAUAAAAUGCCAUUCGAUAUCGAUUUUGAGAAUCCACAGAAAUUGGCAUUGCCCGACCUUCAGUUCCACGUGAAAGACAACGGUGUGAAAUUGGUUGUUCCAGCACUUGGCAAAAAAUGGGUUGAUGAACAGAGACACAUCAAGUAUUUGCCGUUGAAAAGCAAAUGCAUGGAUGAAGAAUUCAUGGACAAAUGGAUUAAAAUUGCAAAAUGGUUGAACAACACACUGGAGUCGUUGCUCGAAAUGGAACAUUAUCGGUUCUGGUCAAAUCUGGUGUUUGAACCCGAUUACAUUGCAACUAUUGUAUCAUUUCUGCAAGAAGCGGUACCGGCAUACAUACCCAUUACAUCACUCACAACAAAUCAGCAGAUCAUCGAUUUGUACACAAACAUUGCAAACAACACGCUCAUCGUUCUUUGCCGCAUGAUCACGAACAAAGAGUCCGAGACCGAGUGGAUGACAAAAGAGCAGUUGGCCGAUAUAUUGUACGACAAGUAUUUGAUAACAGUGCCAAUGAUUUUUGACUUGUUGGUCGUUUAUGGAACGGAAAAUACACAAAUCGUGCGUCGAUUACUUGAGACGGUACUGAAAAUUCAACCGAAAUACCGAAACGAUUUGAAAGAAGGCCUUAAUUUUCUCGCCACAACGUUCAACACCAUUCAAGAGAAGGUGAAUGAAAACAAUCCUGAUAAUUAUGAAGAUUUGGUGAUGUACAUUCUUGAUUGCACCUAUACGAUACACACAUUCAUCGUUAUUCUGCCCGACGCUGUCGAUAUUUGCCGUGAAGUUCAACUCGAACAAAAAGUCACACGUUUCUAUGACGAAGCAAUUCCAUUCCUCCACAAAAAUAUCACUUACAUCAAUCCUGCAUUGCUUACGGAACUCAAUCGUUCUAGAUUACUUUUGAUCAAAUUUUUCCGCUCCUUUGUCGACAAAUGCUUACAGGCGGUGCUGCAAGAGCAUGCAAAGAUCAAAAAACAAUCAGCAGCUGAUGAAUUGGUGAACAUGCUUCAAAUGGCUUUGGCCGAUCCAAAUUUCGUAUCGGACUAUCAACGAUUGCAUCCAGUGGCCGAUGAUGUCGACAUUUUGAUACAAUCCGUUCCGAAAAUUGACAAAAUGAAAAUCGAUUUCGUUGUGCAAGGCUAUACGUCUGUUAAAGCGGCUGUGAUCAAAUCAGAAAAAGAUGCUGCUGCUGUUGUUGGUGGUGCGUCUAGUUCAUAUGGUGUAGCGGGUUCUUCGUCAGCUUCAGGAUCGUCAAGCUCAAAGUCAGUGGGGCCUAGCAAAAUAGAUAUUCAAAAUGUGUUGGAUGUAUUGCCGCAUUUAGAAGUGCCAUUUGUUCGAAAGCUGUUGAGUCGUUAUGACAAUACUGAAUCGGCGAUAGCAGCUGUUUUUGAAGGGAAUUUACCACCUGACUUAGAUGAUACCAUCCAUUUGGAUUCGCCAACAACGGAGAAAAAAGUCGAUGAGCCGAUCAAACAAGUCACCGAAUUGAUGGAAAAUCAUAAAUUGGGUACGACCGUCCGCGAAAUUGUAAAAAUAAAAUCGCAAGUAGUUUGGCCAAAAGCCGAGAAGCGAUUCUUAGAUGACAAAAGUGCGAUCAAGGAGUUUCACGCGAGGAAUAUCGAACAUGGUUAUGUGGAUAUGCCGGAUGAAUAUGACGAUGAAUAUGAUGAUAGUUACGAUGCGAUGGUUGAGAGCGAGUCGAAAACAAUGAAAAUUCUCAAAAAUACCGGCGCAAUCAAUGAACUGGUUGAUGAGGUUGAAGACAGCGAAGAGUCGGAAUCGGACGAUAAAAAAAUGGUAUCUGGAGAGCAACGUGAUAAGAGCCGAGAUUUCUGUGAAAAUCCAGAAGCGGCGCGUGAGAGAUGGGCACGUAAUAGAGAAGCUAAAUAUGGAAAUAAACGAGCACCACCAUCAAGACCACAGGGAAAUGUCGUAGGCAAUCCAAAGGGGCAAGGUCAAGAUAAGAGUACACUGGUCAAUCGUCAGCGGAAAAAUGAGAAUAAAUCGAGUCGAGCCAAUCACAACCGGAGACAAGGAGCGGCUUUCAAACGCAACCGUGGAAUGAUUCCAUCCUAGAGAGUAUUAUUGCAUGUUGAUAUAAAAAAAGGAAAGAGUAAAUUGUAAAGCAAUUCAUUGUAAAUUAUUCAUUUGCCCUGUAUUCGAUACAUAAUAAUGAAGUCAAAAAUUGUUGUAAAAAUUUCAAAUAAACUUAAUUUACAAUUGCUCAUUUUGUAGAAAACCUCA